AUGUCUUUGCUUAGCAAGAAGGAAGUCCGCUCGGAGAAGGUUCCUCAAAAUCAACUCUUUUCCCAGGCCCUUGUGGUUGGUGGCUUGGUGUACGUUUCAGGCAAGACGGGAGUGGACCCGGCUACAGGAAAGUUCGUCGAGGGUACCGUGGAAGACCGUGCAACUCAGAUCCUGAAGAACGUCUCAAGCGUGCUAGAGGCCACCGGAAGCCACAUUGACAAGGCGGUGAAGGUGAACAUUUUCCUAACCAGUAUGAGUGACUGUGAUCUCAUGAAUGAGGCAUAUGUUAAGUUUUUCAACAAGGACCCCAAGCCUGCAAGUUUUCUAAAUCAUGAGAUGCUUUUAGGCUCUAAUUAG